GAGAAGACGUGAAGCGUAAAUAGUUACGGAAAUCGCAUGAGUUUACUUGAUAGACGCGAGGAAGAAGAAGAAGAAAAAGGAAGAGAAAAGGAAAAGCGAGAGAGAGACAGAGCAGAGAGCAGAGAGCUGGAGAGGAACCCUUCUCGUUCGACCUUCUCUUCCUCUUCUUCUAAAUCUAACGUCGUCCAGACCGAUCUCCGCAUCGCUUCCGCAUCUGAUACCCUCCGUCUCGGAUUGGGUGAUGUCGAUGAUGACGACGACGGUCCGAGUGGUGCUUAAUUUGCAGGAAAGCGGAUGGGCAUGGAUCAGGGGAAGCUCUUCAUCGGCGGAAUCUCGUGGGACACCAAUGAGGAUGGUCUCCGGGAGCACUUCGGCCAGUUCGGGGAGGUGGUGGAGGCCGUCAUCAUGAAGGAUCGGAACACGGGCCGUGCCCGCGGCUUCGGUUUCGUCGUGUUCACUGACCCUGCCGUUGCCGAAAGAGUCGUGAUGGAAAAACACACAAUUGAUGGUCGAGUGGUGGAUGUCAAGAAAGCUGUUCCUAGGGACGACCAACAAGUUCUUAAUAGAAGCAGCAACAGCAUCCAUGGUUCUCUUAGCCCUGGUCGCACAAAGAAGAUAUUUGUGGGGGGCUUGCCAUCUACCAUAACAGAAAAUGACUUUAAGAAGUAUUUUGAUCAAUUUGGGACGAUCACAGAUGUUGUGGUGAUGUACGAUCACAAUACACAGCGGCCUAGGGGAUUUGGCUUCAUCACCUAUGAUACUGAGGAAGCUGUGGAUAAGGUAUUGUUCAACACUUUCCAUGAUCUGAAUGGUAAGAAGGUAGAGGUCAAGAGGGCUGUGCCUAAAGAGCUUUCGCCCGGACCCAGCACACGAUUGCAGACUGUUGGAUUUAACUACGGUGUGAAUCGAGGAAAUAAUUUUCUUAGUGGGCAUGCACAGGGGUAUAAUCCAAGCUCAAUAAGUGACUAUGGUAUGAGGAUGGAUAGCAGAUUGGGAGCACUAUCCACUGGGAGGAAUGGGCUCCCUUCACUUGGUCCUGGUUUUGGAAUGGGACUCGAUUACAAUCGAACUUUGAACUCAGGAAUUGUAGGGAAUACAGAUGUAGGUAACAUUCUUAAUUAUGGACGGGUGGCUUUGAACUCCUUUUACGGUGGUGGGAAUUCAAGUAGGUAUGACAGUCCCAUUCCAUAUAGUGGUUUGAACCGAAAUACUAGCACAUUUCGUAGUUCAAUGGCUCAAACUUUAUUGGGAAACACAGGCCUCAACUAUUCUGUAAAUUCUUCAACUGCAAGUGCCUCCAUGACCUCUGGGAGUGGGGGCCUUGGUAGCUUUAGCAACAGUAGCUUGAACUGGGGUGGUUCUGUUCCUAACUCAUUGCAAUUUGGGGGGAGCCGCUCAGGCUAUGGCAGUAGCAAUGUGAGUUAUAUUGGUACUGAUAAUAUUGCAUUGGGUGGCAACAGUUUUGAAAGAAGAGUCUCUCCUCCGGUGGCCAACACUAAUCUUACCUCUUUGAACUCUGGAUAUGAAGUAAGCUUUGAAGAUUUAUAUGGUGGAAAUUUGGUUUAUGGGGACCCUACUUGGCGACCUUCAUUGUCAGAUGUCGAUGAUACUGGUUCAUUCAGUUAUAGGCUUGGCAAUUCGGAUGCUGAUUCAGGCAAAGAAUUUGUAGAUUAUAUAGGUGGUUAUGAUGUUAACAAUAGACAAACAGAUUGAGAGAGAUGAAUGCUUGCCAGCUUAUUUUCCCUGGUAGAUAUGUUCGUAUCAAGACUGCAACAGAGUUGCAAUGUAGAUGUACAAAUAUUUUCCUUUCCAUUCUGCUUGAGUUCCAACAUAUGGUGUUUGGUCUGCAAAGCAAUUUCCUGGAUAUGACUGCACAAUGGUUGCUGUGUCAUGCAGGGAUUGCUACUUUGAGGGAUUUUUCUCUCUCUCUCUCUCUAUUUUCUAGUUCUGAUCUCAUCAUAAGUCAACAGUUGAGUGAAGCUGGUGCAGAUAGUGAGUUAUAUAUAUAUAUUACAUAUUGGUACAUUAUAUGGAUCAGUUAGUCAUACAAAACUAACAAAGGGGUCCAAAUAAUUUAGAAUUACAUUUAAAGAUUUUGCUUGUUGAUUUUGGUUUUGAUUUCAAUUUUACAAUAAUUAGUUGUUGUUUUUUCCAGUUUGAUUGGGGGUGUAAAUGUGGUUGCGGGAUAUCUUCAGAAGAGUUGAGAUACAUGCUGGCGUUGGUCCUGAUGGAGUUUUAGAAGUAUUUCUGAGAAAUGAAAGAUAGGAAGGUGCAAUGAUGUGAUAUUGUUGCCUUUUGAUUUUUAUGUCAUGCUUUUUUUUUUCCUUUUUUAAUUCUUCAUUAUAUUGGACUUUAUAGGUAUAAUUGUUUACAAGCAUGAACUUAAUGUUUGUCUCCAAACAUAAGAUUGUUGAGCAUUUUGAUUUCAUAUAGUGAAUGUUUUGUGCCUAGGAUCUUC